AUGAUUGGCGAUAUUGCAGAUUCGCAAAGAUGCUUGCCUCCAUUACACCGGCCGCUGCAGCUGCGUAGCGUUCGCCUUCGGUCGCACCCAGCUCUCUUGGCGAUUACUUUCAUUGCAAGACACAAGCUCAUCAUAUCGCAAAGGGCCGCCGGAGAGGAGGCCCGAGCUAGACAGUUGCAACAGCUCAAAGAACAAAUUCGCAGCUACGUCCUCGUGACUUUGGGUCUGGUGAUCUCCAAGUCGUACCGCAAUCAUUAUACCGACCCUUCUCCAAGCAACACAGAACCGCACCAAAGGCCAGUGCGCAUCAGCCUGGACCUGAAGAUCGAAUUACACGGCUUGGAGAUCGAGGCUGGACUUGCGCUUCUGCUGCUCCUGAUCCUCUACGGACAAGUCCUAGAGGCGUCUCGCAACCACGGAACCGAAAUUCAUGGCAAUGGAAAUGUUAUUGAAAUGAAUGUCACCAAUAACAAUAACAUCAAUGGCAAUGACAAUGUUGUCACUGAAAUAGGCAUAGAAGGAAAAGCAAAAUUGAAAGUGCCCCUUCCAUAG